AUGUCUCAAACGAAACCAGGGCUCCCUGUGGCGGCUCGUCUCAGCCUUAGUGGCCGAGUGAUCCUUGUGACUGGCGGCGGUCGUGGUAUUGGCAUGGCGCUGUCGAGGAUAUGUUUGGAUGCUGGUGCCACUGUAGUUGUUACCGACAUCCUCCCCGAGCCGGACGCCCUCUUUCUCGAGUGGCAGAAUUCCACUCCCGAUAGACUCCUCUAUUAUCGCUGUGACUUGACCCAGAAGGAGGACAUGGACCGCACUUUCGCCAUGAUCAUAGAGAAAUUGAACUGCAUCCACGGAGUAAUCACGGCAGCAGGAAUCUGUGUUGAUAAGCCAUUCUUGGACCAUGAGUGGGAAGACCUUCAGAAGCUCCAUGCUGUGAAUGGGGCCGGAACCUUCUUCACAGUGCAAUACGUUGUGAAUAACAUGAAGCAACAUGGUAUCAAGGGCAGCGUUGUCAUGAUCUGCUCACAAUCAUCGCAGCAUGUCUGCCCUGGUCAUCUCCUGGCAGCUUAUGCGGGGAGUAAAGGAUUUGUCUUCUCACUGGCACGAAGCCUGGCCCACGAGCUUGCUCCUGAUGGAAUUCGCGUGAACACAAUUUCCCCCGGCUAUAUUGCCACCGAGAUGAACCUCUCGAUUGCCGGUCAUAGACCGGAGCUGCUCAGAAUAUUCCAUGAGGCGCCGCCCCUUGGGCGUGUUGGAACACCAGAAGAUCUUCAAAUGGCCGCAUUGUAUUUGCUGAGUGAUGCUUCAUCUUAUGUCACCGGUCACGAUCUUCUUGUCGAUGGAGGUAUGCAGGUCACGUCUGGGAAUUAUAAACUUUAG